AAGUGGGCAAAGUCUAUACCCGUUUUCUGACCAAAUCAGUGCAAAAACCAUACCCUUUGGGGUGCCACAUACUUACAGUAUAUGGCUUAUAUAAGGGAGUACUCCGCCUGGGCUCAUCGUCUGCAGACUGCACUCUUCACAGUCUCCAUUAAUUGAUUAAUAUUUGACUACAUGUGAUCAAACCAGGUUGACUUCCAGAAUACCCGGCCACUUAAUACAUACAUCUCUAAGUGCUAAUACAAACCAGGGAACUGUGGAACUGUAAACUGUACAAAAUAUAUGCUCUUUUUCACUGAUCAGUGUAAACAAUGAGAGCAGUUAAUUUUCUGAGUUUGAUUGCAAAGUAUUCUAAUGGAUCAAUUAAUAGUGAUUUUGUUACCUCUUCGUCCUGUGUUCCUGAUGCGUAAGAAUCUCCAAAGACGUAAAAUAAUUAGUGAUAUGCAACCUGUAGGAUGCAGAGAUUGAUUAAUCAAUCUGAACAUGUGUUUUUGUAGAAAAAUUCUGUUCCUGUAUUUUACUGUGGCAGCUAUUACAGCUGUUGUUUAACAGUGCAUAUGUCAUUUAGCUUUACACUGUAGUUGUGCUUUAAAAUAGAAGGACUAUAUAUUUUAAUUUCAGUAUACUGUAAUACAGAGUUUUGGAGUCUGUCUUCAGAUUAACUGUCUGGUUACAAAAAGGCUCAAGCAUUUUGAAUUUUGGACUCGUUUUUUUAACUGGGACUCAGUGGUACGAAAGGUUAAGACACUUUUCAUUGUAAAUUUGUGCAGAGUAAAAUUAAUGCAAGAGUUGCCAGAUUUCUACUUUGAAACUGACUGAAACCUGACUUAGACAAAACAUAAAAUGCAUUAGUCAGGAAAUAAAUUCCACACUGAUAAGCACAAAGAAAGACAUGUCUAAUUACCUGGAGCUAAUAAAUUGGUGGACUGCAAAUUACAGACUGAUGUACUGUAGGACAAAUUGCUUAAAUUCCUUAUAAAUUCAUGUGGAUUGAAAGCUGUGUGUUGAAGCUGACGACCCGACAAAGCGAAAUUAUUACACAGUAAUUAUCAUUUUCAUGUGCAAUUAAUUAAUGAAAUAACUAUUAAAUAACAGUUUAUUAUUGUGCAUCAAAAAGAUCAUUUUCAAUCCAGUUAAAAUGACUGUCACUGUCUAGUACAUGAAGCUGUAGAGCUGACUUCCGUUGCACCCUGCUUUAAUGUCAUAUUCAAGCAACCACAGCAAAUAAUUUAUGAUAAACCCAGAAGAGCUUUGAUCAACAUGAAAGCAAAAAUUACUACAGUUCGAUCAGAGGCUGACCAUUUAAAUUCCUUUAGAGAGCUUAAUAUCAUGGAAGAUAUGUGAUCUCAUACAUUGAAAAUGUAUUUUGUAAUGGCUUUUCUUGGCUAAAGAUUCAAGUAAUUAGAAAAAAUACAUCGUAAAAUAGAAAAUUUUACACCUUUUGAUCCAAAAUGUUGUUGAGAAUGGUGGUUAAAGUCAACUUAAAGCUUAUACUCUUAAGGUGGUAUUUAAAGUGUACAUUUUGUUUUUGUGCCUUUUUGAGUCAAUUGCCACUGCUGCCCCUGACAAAAGAGGAAAAAAAGUGUUGCUAGUUCAAUUAUUCCCUUUUCCAAUGCUUUUCGUGCCAUCCGGCCCCAGGAAAAUAAGUGCCACGUAGUUUUUGAAGUUUUGUACCAGAAAUCAUGAAAUUUGCUUGCCUCGCAUGACCUAACUUAACGCCAGGAGUGUUCAAAUGUGCUUCAAAAUCUCCAUUGUCAUACAUUAUUGAAAGAGUGCUCCCCCAAUUCAUGGCUUGAGAAUUAAACACAUGAAUUAACACAAUCAUUCUGCACUAUUUUCAGGCUAUUUUCAAAUGUUUCAUGACAGGCAGAAGGCAACUUGCAGCAAAACAAAAAAUUAAAAUGACCUUAAAUAAUUAUGCCCUGCAUUGGCUUCUUCAAAGUCGAUUUUUGUUAUGCACACCAUGCACUGAGGGAGGUGGCAGGGAUGUAUUGUAAUAAAAUGUGAUGAAAAAUGCUGUUACACCUGUAAAUGCUUUUCUAAAAAUCAGCAAGCAUGGACCUGAAAUUCGGACCUUUAUUUUGGUGAAACCCCAUCAGGAUGGACUCUUUAGUGAGAACUUGUUUAGGUAUCCAUCUAUUGCAUAGCAGAUCUGGUAUUCUAGGAAUUUACAAGGAAUACAUGUAUGUAAUAGGGGAAAAAGUCUAUAAUUAGCAAGAUCUCAUCUGGAAUCUUUCUUGAAAAUGGGAUGCACACGUCGGCGAACCUGGAAUGAUGCGGUAAAACUACUCUGCCAGGCCACUGUUAAAAUGCAGGGCCAGAUAAUGUGACAAUGUUACUUACUAUCCCAUCAGGACCAGCUGCUUUAUUGGUCAUGAUUUUUUUGAGACUUCUGUGAAUUUACUGUCUAGCAUAGUCAUUUUGUUCUUAGAUUAAUGACUCUAUAGGAGAGUGUUCUUUAAAAACCAAAUUGAUAUUAGUUAUUUCUAACUACAAUAAAAUUAAAAUAAAAUGUAGAGAGCAUAUUACAGGGCCGUGCGGGGAUACGAAAUUUUUCUUCGAGUGUUGAAAAAUAUUUCACGAGUGAGUGCAUAGACUUUGUGUAAGUGUAAGUCUUAGUGUAAGUUAAUGAUGUCUAUGAUUACUAAAAACGCGCGUAAAAAUCCUCCCGUUUUAGGUGUUUGGCUACUGGUUGAAAAAAAAUUCUUAAACUUUGGAUGCAUUAAUGUCUGUUAAAUUCAUGCACUUUUCUAAACUAGAAGAAGGACAGGUAUGCCCAUCUGAUCUACUCAUCACUUUCGAUGUUGGUAAGUCUUGUUUAGAGAAACCGUAGUGAUGGUUAAAUGAGCGUGAUGCUAAUAUCCUCGAUUGUGAGAGCCCCAAACUCACUAAGACGAACAAAUGAGCAGUUGAUGUUUGUACUUGAGGGACUUAGUUACAAAUAUGUCGCUCAAACAUGUAGUUUAUAGCCCCAUAUGAUAUUUGAACAUUGUUACUGAAACAUCUUGCAGUCGCCUGUUAUAAAGCGUGCUGCCUUCCUGGCAUCUGAUUAGCGUUUCGGCGGAGUUUGUGCUUUGGGACUUUUCUAUUGUUUCUAGUCUGUCGUGAUACAACAUUCUUGUUCAGCACGCGUGCAAUGACCGCGCUUGGCUGACUUCCGAAUGCUCACCGAGAUAUGAUAAUUUUGGUACGGUGAGACAGGCGAUUUUUAAUCAAUUCUCGUGCUUCUUGUGCCUUUGCAAAAAAAUCAAGAAAUGCUACACACUAAAUCUACUUACCAUUAAAAAAAAUGUCAUUUUUACAUAGGUUUAAUGCAAGCCAAUAAUUAAACCAGCUCAUUACUUAUCCUUUUAUCUGGUAGUGAAAAAAUUAAUUACGCUUGUAAGCACUGUCACUUUUUUGUGACUCUUGGUUUCGCUCUAGAAUCUUUCUUGCUCGUCUUGCUUAGAGGUAAUGCUGAAAUUGUCAGCAAAGCCCUUGUACCUCCCACAGUAUACAAAGCGCUGAGGGUGUUCAUGUCUUAGACGUUACGUGACGGGAAUCCCUUCUAUUUUCUCAUACAAAAUUAUCAUAUCUCGGUGGACUUUAGCCUGUGAACAGGCCUUUAGUCGAGCGGGGUGGGGAGAGCCUGUUCACAGCUUAGGUGGACUUCGGAAGUCAGCCAAGCGCGGUCAUUGCACGCGUGCUGAACAAGAAUGUUGUAUCAUGACAGACUAGAAACAAUAGAAAACUCCCAAAGCACCAACCCAGCCAAUACGCUAAAAAUCUUCAAUGUUUACUCAAGUUUGGGCUAAUAGAAGAUAAUGUCACAGUUUUUCAAUGAUCAUGAAAUUCAGAAUUCGGGUAGUCAGUUAAUCAAUUGUGGCCCUGAAAAAAUUUGAAGGAAAAAAACUACGAAUUUUUAAGAAAAUGCUUUUUUCGUGAGAAGGAGGACUCUUAAACGCUGGCAAACGUCAACAACUAGCUAAAACUAUAAUUUGUAUACCUUAUUAUAGGAAAUUAACGCUCCAUGAAAUUAAGGUAUUGGAAAUUAACGCGACUUAAAUUAACGCCGAUUUAAUGGAAAACGACUUUCGAAUAAAGAAAAUUAACGCGAAAGAUGAGGUAGAAUUUCAUAAUAAAGGAAAUUAACGCGAUUGAGACACGGUUGGACAAAUUUAUUUCAACACUGGAUGCAAAAAAAUCCAAAACUGACCAAACCUGAGCUGACAUCACUUCUGACAGCGACAACGCUGAAGAUGAACUCGAAAAUAUUGUAAACCUUCGCCUUAGCUUUUGUGAAAGAUGAAAUUAAAAUAAAGGGUAAAUGGAAAGAAAGAAAGCUUGUAGUUAAUGUUUUUUAGGUGUCAAGAAUGUCUGGAUAGGUUCCAAAAUUGGAGUUAAAAUACUGGAAAUUAAGAGCGCGGAAAUUAACGCUGCACUUAAUUAACGUCGCGGAAAUUAACGCUCAACAAAAUUAAAGCGACUUAAAUUAACGCGAAUUUUAACGAUUCGCGUUAAUUUCAUGUAGCAUCAAUUUCCUAUAAUAUGGUAUGUUCGCAUUGCUCGAAAUCGCGCACAUUUACAAGGCCCUAAAGUUUUUUGCUGACUUGCAAGGACCCAUCUGUAUGGUGGCCCGCUAACGCCAUAGCAAUUUUGCUUUUUUUUGGUGAAAUUUUGACACUUUCCAUUCUAUUUUCCUAUAUUUUUUCUUUUUAAUUUGUUUUCUUUUGAUUAUUUUUAUCUUUUUUUAAAUUUCCUUUCUUUUAAUUAGUUUUAUCUUUAUUAAAAUUUUCGUUUCUUUUGAUAAUUUUUAUCUUAUUUUUUUUUUACAUUCUCCCUUUUUAAACUUUAAUUGUUUCUUCUUACUUUUUAUUUUGAUUUAUUUUGUAAUUUUUAUUUUAUUUGGUUAUACAAUUUUUUUGUUUUAUGAAAAUUUACAAACAGUGAUCUAAUUUGGAAAAAUAAAAGUCUCUAGCCCAGCAACGCCAUAGACCAGAAUUCCUCCUAAAUCUUAUGCUAUAUUGUAGAUUGAUUUGUAUGUUAUCCAUGCUAUUUGUUAGACUUGCGAUCAAAGUAAAGGUGGGGAUAGCAGAGAGCUUCAAAGUAGGAUGGUACCCUCACAAAAUAACUGGGUCGAGUCACCUUAAGACGCGUCUUAUGUAAGACGCGUCUUAUUUUUCCUCGUGUAAAUGGCCCUAUUGUGCGUUUUGUUCAGUCUUUUUAUUAUACGAAGACUGUGAGUAGUGUUUCGAUAUUGUUUAGCUGGCACAAAAACUUCGGAGGAGUUAUAAAGCGGCGUAAUUUUCUGCAUUGAAAAAAAGUUAGUCACGGUGAGACAAAAGGCGAACUCGAGCGAACUUUUAACUCAAACUAGUAUCACGGUAAAAAAUACGUUAUCGAUUGUUUCAUCUGUUUACAAUGUACAUUGUUUAAAGUGCGUUCCGAUGAAAGCAACCAAAGUCACAAAAUGCAAAGGCUUUUAUUUUUUUAACUUAAAAAAAUCCCAAGAGAAUAAUCUAAAACUGAAUAUUUUUUCAUGUAGACCGCUGCAGACUGCAAAUUAGAUCGUUUCAGUGUAAUCAAUGAGACCGAUGGAUCGGGAGCAAUGGGCAGUUUGUUGUCUGUUUUAGUAAACUUCUCGUUUUUAUACAAUACAAUAUUUCUGUCUAGUGUUAGCAGAAGCAGCCCAGUGAAUUCGCCUUUUGGCGAGUCUAGUUAUGUUUCUGGUCAGUUAAUAUUUAGUUUCGAGUACAUGAUGGCUAAGUAAAGUAUUCGAUGUUCUAGUUGGCCAUCACAUUACCAACUGCGUCUCGUUUAAAUACAGGCGCGGAACCAUAGAGAACGGAAAAAAAUUAAUAACAAUUACUAAAGUAAGAAAGAUGUGAAUCUUGAAUUUCUCUCCUUGGGCCUUGACUGGAAUUAUUUUGACUUGUAAGAAACAGAAGAGGUAGAGUGUGCGUCGUGUGGUAUGCAAUACACGUGUCGGUAAGGCUAAGAGCUGUUUUCCGAUAUUACGUCAUUGUUGAGACAGCUCCCACAACCAUUUUGAAAUAUGAAUUAUGGUACCUGCUAUUUAUUGACUUGUUCCGUCGCUUGUUGGCUCUUAUCUUUAUAUCCCCCCGUUAACAAGACGUGUCUUUCUCACGAGAAGAUGUGAAAAAAGGUCAGUUGCCUCCUGUAGAUAAGGGAGAGCCACCUGUGGGCUUCCUGGUUUACUAGUACCUGUGGGUAAAGAAUUGUCUACAACGGUCGGUGUCAAACACGGACUGCGGACCACGGACUGCACACUCGGUAUAAAACACGCAAUCCGAACUGAGUAUAAAACGCGGACUAUGGACCAUGUAUGUAAAAACAGCUUUAGAAAGGUAAAACCGAGAUAAACGGAAAGCGGACUAGCAUAAAACAGUAGUCCCAGCUCCUUGCCUCACACACAAACAUUCCUUUUGCUGGUCACGCAGUCUAAUCUCCCCAACGUCAGCGUCAUGUGGAGAAGGAAAGCAUACUGCACAGACAAGGAAGGUUAUGCCGCUACUUAAGGGAAAUGAAUUUAAACUCUGAAUUUUAUAAAAAGAAGGAGUUGGAAGAGAAUUCAAUUUAUAGUUUUAAACCAAUGAGAAGGACUGAAUAAAAAAAAAUAGUAUUGGUGUUAGUCAGAGUAAAAUUCUUGUAGAUGCCACUAUUCCGUUUCAAAUAAAGCCUUGGAAAUGAAGAAAUGAACAAGUCAGACGAGAAGGUCAAUAUAGGGGCAUUCCGCGAUGUAAAAUAGCAGUAUUUAGGGUGGAGGGAUUACUCACUUAUACAUGAAUAAUAACUGAAAUGAAUCAUCCAACGUUAUAUUCUAAGCGAUGAUUAUGAUGACAUGAUUUACACCCUGCCCCUGACCCCCGGAGGGGGGUACUUCUGUGAAUUCUUGGUGUGGGUGGACCACCCGGUUCUCCAAAUCUGACCCCAUUUCAAACCCAAAAAUGUCGUUUUCCACACUCUUUUUCAGACCAGAUCUCUAAAAUCCAUACCCAUUUUCAGACCUGGCCUAAUUUAGCCUGUUCCAGACUGUCAAUUAGUAGGGGAGACUCCCAGUUUCUUCCCGCUUUGUUUUCGUGUUCGCGCUUUCUUAAUUCAGCGGACCCAACUAUCCAUAGGCGUACGGGCUAUUUUUUGCCAGGGAGGGCGGUAAACCAUUUGCCCAAAACAUUUUUGCAAGUUGCCCAAAUUUUUACAAAACAGUCGAACAGAAACGAGAGCCGAUGUAACAAGAUAGGCCGUACUGGCAUAUGAAAAUGGCUCCAUACAGUUUUUCAGGGUCAAUACCUGCCAAGUUUGAGCAUAAACUACGUCGCCAUAAACAAACAUUUGGAAAAGUUGCCACCACAGGUGUAUUAGAUAAAGAUGAAAAUUUGUUGUGAUCAGGGUUGCAAUGACAUCGGAGUUGUUGUAGCAACGAAAUGAAGCCAUUAUUUAUUAUACUUGCAGCAAUAUUUCUCUCUGGGAACUGUUCUUCUAAAAUCGAUCACAGGAGCUUUUUCCUCUAAUAGUCGCCUCGAUGUUCGUGACGUUAAAACGGAAUCUGUAAAAGCAUUAUCGAGAUAUUUUGGGAUAAAGUUUUUAUCGUUGGAAAUACGGUAAAAAAAAGGAAAAAUGUUUGGCCGUUAUCUGUAGAAAACGAUGCACUUUUGACAUGCAAUUUCACCUCAUAGUAGUUUCAAUCUUUUCAAAAACGUGGACCCAACAAUAAAAAAAAAAAAUCAGCAUAUGAUACCUUUCCCUUACAACCAGAAACUCGUCAUGUGCUAGGCAGACACUCUAGUGUCAAUGUAACUGUAUUAUUACGCCGACUUCAGGUUAAAAUAGAAUAUAUUUAUCUCUUCAAAAUAAUACUAAAAACAUGGAGACGUCUUUGCCCAAAUUUUCUCGUGCUGCCCAAAAAAUCUGAGUUGCCCAAACUUUGGGGGGGCUGCAGCCCCCCUCGCCCCCCCCGGCCCGUACGCCUAUGCAACUAUCUCGGGGCCUGGAACAGGCUAGGCGUGGUAAGGCAGAAAUUAUGUCAUCAUUCAGUAUCAGAUUAGGGCGUAAACAAAAACAUCAAUUCUUCAAAUGCAUUUCGAAUUCACAUAUUUCUAUUUCGUUCUUAUUCAUUUGGAAUUGAAACCAUAAGUACCUUGAUACAUGUACACUCCCGUAGUUUACUCGAAAACCGUACCCGAUUCCAGACCAAAAUGGGCAAAGUGUUUUCAGACCAAAAAGGCCCAAAAAUCCUACCUUUCAGGGCGGCACACACCUACAUGGCUUAUAUAAGGGGAUACCUCCCCGGGUCCUGAUCGCUGUCAUGAUUGAAUAAAAUGGGAGUAGAAAAUAGCAUUUUUGUUAGGCUCAUGAUUGAGAGAACCGGGCGGCACACCCCCACCAAGAAUUUCUAGGUGUAUUUAUAACUUAAACUCACGUGUCUUGCUAUUUAGGGAUCUUCUGAUCUUAUUUUAUUUUUCCUUACCUAGAACCAAUUGGCACCUUUUUUACCAUCGUAGUCCGUAGUCCGUAUUUUAUACCCAGUCCGCAGUCCACAGGUUAUACCUAGUCCAUGUUUUACGCUCGGUCCAUAUUUUCCAGUCCGUGUUUUGUACCUAGUCCGUAUUUUAUACCCAGUCCGCAGUCCGCAGUCGGCAGUCCGUCUUUUAUACUGACCGUUCUCUACAAUGUCGAUAUUAUAUGUAGGUAUCAAGACUUGUUUAGCCGUUUGAACCUAAUCCGCACAAACCUUUGGUUGACAAAAAAAACCCCCUAACACUAUUGCCUUUGCGUAUAUUCUGCCAGUUUAUACACAGUGCUAUAAAUUCAACCCUGCAACAAAGAACAGUCAGUUGUGCCAUUAGUUGUGGCAGUUAAGCUGAAUUUCCUCAGAACUCCAACUCAGUCUACUACACUUUAGCCAGACGAAUGCCAACCGGACAAACGGAGAGAAGCUGAGAGACAAGGCCUCAGCCCCUUUCUAAAGGGGUAUUAUUAACACUAUCUUAUCUGAUUAUUUGACUUGGACGUGUUACCUCUGCCAAUGUUUGGUAAAGGCAUCGACACCUUCAGUGCGUUGUAGAAACAGGAAUUACUGGCAUUUAACUACCAUGUAGCGAACUUAUCAAGAGUGAAAGGACCUCAUUAAGUGUUUAUGGGAAAAUAUCUGGGUGUGUGUCCUGGGCGUUAAUAUUGGUGAUUUUGCUGAGGUAGUAAUAAGGAAGUGGGGGUUUUUACUACGUGGGAUCCAGGCUGGAAUAUUUAACUGAAAAGCUAUAUCUGUUAAAAAAAAUUACACAAUUUCUUCUACCCGUGUUUUGCCGUCAGGUUUCGGACUGUCUCAAUCGAUUAUGCGGGUUUAAUUUGGAUUGUCAGUGUGUUACUACUGGUUUUUUCACUUGCGGGAGUUUCCAAAAUAACAUGUAAUCAAGAGCUCUAAGCUCUCGCUAGGUGGAAAUCCUUCCUUUUUUCAUUGGAUGACCACUGUCCCUGCGUACUAACCACGAUGUCUAAGAAUAGGCAACAAAAUCAAUGGCACGAGUCUCGUCAAAUAUUUAUUUACUGUCACCUCUCCAUGACAACCUUCCAUAAUUUGCUACUAUUCUUAGAACCGCAGGAAAUAACAAAUUCUGAUGCAUCGAACUUAACGCUAAGGUGAUGCAGUUGUAUAUUUAUUAUCUCUUUUUGAAUCUUUUGUAGAUGUUUAUUUUGCUCAUGAUGCUACGUUUUUCUAAUUACAGUAUGUCCUGUAUUAAUGGUAAGACCUUCCAUCAAAGCCGUGGUGUCGAAGGCCGGAGGAAGUGUUACAUGUUACACGCAGGGCCGCACAGGUUCCUCUUACCAUAGUAAAUUUGAUGCAGUCAUCACAGAAACAGCAUCGCACUGCAGUCCAGUUGUUAUCAUUCUUGGUUGGAAUGGUUCUAAAGUAAAACAUCUUAAGAAGUACAGCAAGAUAUUUGAAGAAAAGGAUUUUUGUACUAUUUGUGUUCCCGCUAAGCCAUUUAACACUUUUCUUAGAGCUGGAACCAAGGUUAAGCAAAUUAGCUUGCACAUUUUGGAUGUAUUAAGUGAUCUGAAUGGCCAAGAGAGACCUGUAUUCCUGUAUGCAUUUAGCAAUGGUGGCUGUGCUAUGUUUUUUCAUAUGAUGGAAGCCGUUUCAUAUUCCACACGGCCAUCCUAUCAAAGAGUGCCUAUUGUAGGAACAAUAUUUGACAGUUGCCCCAUCCGUCCGGAUUUCAAUAGCCUUAAGGCAACCAAAGAGAGCGUUGUUGAUAUGAUAAGAAGCCCAGUACUUAAAAGUAUCCUGUGGCAUUCCAUGGGAAUUAUCAUUCCAGCAGUGCUUGUCUUUAAUAGCACAGUGAAGCGUUAUAUGAGUGGUUUGACAGAAUCACCACUGCAGUGUCCUCAAUUACUUCUUUAUUCCAAGGCUGAUAAGUUGGCUUCAUACCAAGAUAUUGAGAAUUACUCACAGGCACGGAAAGAAAGGGGGAUCUUCGUUGUAUCCAAAUGCUGGGAGAGAUCUAAACAUGUGAAUCAUUACAGAGAGCAUACCGCUGAAUACCUUGAUGUACUUAAUUAUUUCAUAGAACAUUGCUUAACCACCUAUGAAAGUACAAAGAGUGACUUGGUUGAAAAGCCAUCUCUCAAAAAUGAUGCAUAAGUUUCUCAUCUCUUUCAACGGGAUCGGCUAUUUAUCGAGUUACGAGCUUGAGUUGAGUUUGAGUUAAGUUUGAGUUACCAAAAAAUGCCUUUUUUUUACAGAAAAUGCGUUUUCACCGUAUUUGUUUCUGUUUUUAGUUUUGUCUAGUAUUUUUGUUGCUGCGUUUUUAUAAUUGGUGCGUGUAACUACGCCCCUGCAAGGGAGACGAAACACUUCAUGGGCGCAGGUUAUUGAGAGCACUGUUCACUUGUUCGGUAAGAGUAAAGUUCUUUGAUGUUUUUUUCAAACAUAAAACUGUGUUUUUCUGGUCGCUAGAUACCCUGAAUCGUAUCUAGUUUUAAAUGAUUUAUCUUCAUUUGAUGACCAAAGAGAAUUAAACGGCCAUUGUGCAAAAAACAUUGACAAGGGGAAGAAAAAAUGUAACAACCGUUCUUUUUCGGACGAUUUUUAAUGCAUUUGUGACUGACUAGUAGCAUUCCAUCGUGUUCUGAUUUUUCGGUUUCCAAUACUAUUGCACUAUACCUAAUACAUAGAUUUAGCCAGGGCUAAAAGCGAAGCUCUCGAUAAUAUUUAUAGUUUGUUCAAACAAAAUAUUAAAUCAUGUAAUCCUAAGCGGUGAAGGCAACGCCGGAGAACGGUGAAAAACAACAAUAGGUCUAAUUAGCAAAAACGCAACUUUGCACGUGCAGCACCCCUUUUUUUACAUUUCUUUGCUGUUGUUUUGCACGACUACAACGUGAAACUUCCAGGAACUUCUUAGUUACACGUUUUUUCGUUCACUUUUUUUUCACUGACGCUUAUUUUCACCUUGCAUUGGUGGCCGCUAGCAUUUCUCAUUUUGUUACCGCCGUUACAAAAUUUUCAUGUUGUUCUUCCAACAAAACAAAAAUGUCUCCUUUGUUUUUUAUCUCUUGCUCUAAAUCUCUGUCGCCCCUUUUCUCGUUGAGCUUCGCUGGCCUGCCGCCUACUUUCUCUUUUUCUCUGUGUUUCUCUUGCUCUAUAUUCCAAAUUUGUGGACGUGACAAUUAAUCUAAGCUUAAUACUUAAGAAAACACGGAUACAGAGACAAUUUCCGCUUUCCAUUUUCCUCUUCAUUGACUCUCUAGUUGUUUCUGCUUUACAAGACGUGGGCGGAUAUGCGAUUUCCCGUCAAAAUAACCUCGAGUUGCAUUUGGGUUGCCAUACCUGUUGAUUGACUUAUUUUACAUUGGAAUGCCUGUGGUGCGGACGGUCGGUCGGUCGGUGUACGGUCACGUGAUUACCAAAUUUUCUCGGAUGGGUAGUUUACCACAGUUUCUUACCCAUGGUGCUCCGCUAUAAGGACUCUUCCAUUGCAAAGUUAGGUUCUCUCUGCUUUUCAAAGCAACAUUGUUACUAGCAGGAUCGGCUCCAAAUUCAAGGUUUUUGUUUUGUCGUAGUGGCCAUAGAUCUAAACAUACAUGUUAGAACAACAAGACCGGCGAAUACAACGACUUUGCACGUGCAUUACGCAGUUUUUCUUGCCGGUCGUUGUACGACCGCGACGGGAAACUGCCUAUUAUAAAAUUCUUCUGUUCAGGAGGACGCCCAGGACGCGAACACCAUACAGGGGCACCUAGCGACUUUUUCUCUGU